AUGAGCAGCUCGCCUUCACUCAACGUGGAUGCCCGGGACCUGCGUCUCCGGGGAAACAGCCCGAUGUCCAAGAAGGGCCAGAGCCCCACCGCCGUCCCAGAGGUCUCCGCGGGCUGCGGCGGCGAAAAGGUGGCGCGAGGCAUAGCCACGGGUUCUCGGCGUCUGACCAAGAUCGCUGGCCUAACGCUGUUCGGCCUCAUCUUCCUCCUCGCUUUUUUGGGCUGGCCGGGCGCACUCAUCGAAGAUGACGCGACUCACAGGAAGAUCCUCGCCUCACUUUUUCUGACCGGAAUCACCCUGGUUGCUUUGGAGGACGUCAUUCGUCUCGACAAGGCGGCCAUCAUGCUAGUCUUGGCCUCCGUCAUGUGGACCUACCAUGCCGCACAGAAGCAUCCGACCAAGUCAGAAGAGGGGCACGAGCUGCUUCAUCACGAGCUAUCCAAAGGCUUGACGGACGUCGGAAGUGUGAUUCUCUUCCUCCUCCCGGCCAUGGGCAUUGUGGAGUCCAUCGACCACAUGGAUGGUUUUUCUGCAGUCACUUCUUUCAUCGUCCGAUACACCCAAAAUUCCCCCGACCGAUUGAUGCCCAUGAUUUGCACCCUUGCUUUCUUCUUGAGCUCCGUCAUCGACAACCUAACCGCCACCAUUGUGUGCAUCAAGAUCCUAAAGCGCGUGGUGCCUCACAAUCAGGACUGGAGGCACUCUUGUGGCGGGGUCGUCGUCGUCGCGGCCAAUGCUGGAGGUGCCUGGAGCCCUAUCGGAGAU